AUGGCAACUGGCCCAGAGUCCUUUGAGCAGGAAGGACUUGUGAUCAUCAAGAUGGAGGAGGAUGAGGCUGCCCCAUGGGAACCUGGACCCCUUCAGGAACCUCAGCCCCCAACCCUGCCACCCAGGCUUGGCAGGGACCCGCGGCAUCGAUUCCGUAGCUUUCGCUAUGAAGAGGCCUCCAGCCCUCAUGAGGCCCUGAUCCAGCUGCGCAAGCUGUGCCGCCUGUGGCUGCAGCCCGAGCUGCACUCCAAGGAGCAAAUGCUGGAGCUGCUGGUGCUGGAACAGUUCCUGGGUGUGCUGCCUUCAGAUGCCAGGGUCUGGGUGGAGGCCCAGUGUCCCAAGAGCGGCGAGGAGGCUGCGGCACUUGUGGAGGACCUCACCCAGAUGUUUCAGGAGACUGUGCUGGCCCAGGACCCUCAUGAGGAUGGGCAGUCCGGAGACCCAGCAGAGGUGGCCAAGCCCUUCUCAGACGGUGCUCAGGUGAGCUGUGAGUCCUCUGAAGCCGAAGAUGGCACAUACUGCUGCCCUCCCCCCACCCACAGCUCUGUCUGA